GUUUUUAUCAUUUAGUAUUGAAGCCUUAGAGGAAACGUCAUUCAUUUAUUCCGAACAACAUAUGCACAUGCAUGGUCGACCGAAAGUACAAAGUAUCCCAAACGUUUACAAAUAUAUAAAAGUCGAUGACGUCCUUGAAACCGGAAAUAAAUCCAAAGAACACUGAAAUAGAAGAUCAAAGAACAGAGGGGAUGAGCGAGGAUAUUCAGGACACGACUUUAUACAGGAGACGAUGGUACGUUUUAGCAGUGUACUGCCUCUACACCUUCAGUCAGGCCGGGGUCUGGAACACAUGGGGUCCUAUUGCCGAGUCCUGUAAGCGAGCUUUUGGCUGGGACGAUACCAUCAUUGCACUUCUGCCAAACUGGGGAUCCGAUCGGGUUUAUAGCGGUGGGAUGGUUAACCUCCUGGAGCAUGGACACACAAGGACGGCAAACAUUGCCGCAUUUUUGAAUGCUUUAGGUGGUCCCGUUGCUAUGGGAGCACCGCCAGUUUUGUCCGCCGCAUGGUUUCCGCCAAAUCAGCGAACUACAUCUACCGCCAUAGCGACAAUCAGUAACUACGCUGGAUUUGCGGCCUCAUUCCUCAUAGGGCCGUUAUUUGACAGCCUGGCCCCUAAAGGGCAGACGAAUAUGUCCGAUAGUGAAAGUGUGACCUUAUCAUCGAUUGAUAACCAUACUGUCACACUGAUACAAAAUACAAGUGACGCAAACAAUCAAGGGAGCCAGGAAAUCACCCGGAUACGACAUGAUGUCAUGCUUGUUAUGUAUGGUGAAUGCGGAUGGUGUGUGUUGGUUAUGCUUCUAAUAUUAUUCUACUUCCCGUCGAAGCCCCCGACACCACCCAGUAAAACUGCGUCAGAGGGACGCAUAGAGAUCGUGUCCGGCUUGAAACAGUUAAUGAGGAGCAAGAUGUUUUUACUUAUAAGUGUUAUAUAUGGACUUCCGCUGGGCAUUGUGGGACUGUGGGGAAGUGUAAUGUCCGUAACCCUGGAACCACAUGGCGUGUCAGAGGCACAAGCAGGAUGGAUUGGUUUUUACUCCAUACUUGCUGGUUGUUUCGGCGCCCUCUUUAUGGCAAGAAUCUCUGAUAUGUUUUCGAAGCACAUGAAACAGAUCCUGAUAUUGCUGUUCUGUCUGGCGUUUUUGUGUUUCCUGUGGUUUAACCUGAUCCUCAUCGGGAUUAUUCCGAGUUCCAUAGCCCAGAUCUACAUAUCUGUCAUUACGGGUACGCUCUGGAUCAACGCUACCGUGCCACUGUUGUUUGAGAUGGCUUGCGAGAAUACCUACCCUAUAGCUGAAGGCCUCACGACAGUUGUUCUAACUACAUGGCUUAACGUUGUGGGACUGAUCUUCCUCGGUGUACAAAUGAUCCCGAAAAUAGGCACCUCUUGGGAGAGUUGGAGUAUUCUUGCGUCCAUAAGUGUUUGUAUCCCGAUUUUGUGCUUAAUGGGUGACAACUAUAAUAGGUUAAAAAUUGAUGAAAAUUUUGAAAAGAAAACAACUCCUGUUCAAUAA